AUGGCUCAAAUCAAAUUUGUUGUAAGGGCAAAUAUAAAGAACAAUCAAUCGCCUGUGAAACCAGUUCCCGAUGGUUACUCUAUUGGAUGGUUCCGAAGUUAUAGGCAUUUAUUUAUAUCUAGGAAAAAUCUGAUUCCAACUGGUGAACCAAUUUAUACACGUACUAUUGACAAUUUAUUUGCGGCAACAGUUAAUUUAAGACUUCAUUUGCAAGCAAUUCAUUUCAAUACUGGUGAUUCAAUUAGUAAUUCAGGAUUUUCAUCAUCAGAUUUUGGUAGUCAGUUGAUAAAUUUUAUAAGUUCACCAAAUGGUUAUGGUAGUGGCUUUGGUAGCCUUCUAUUAAAAUGUACAGCACAAAUAGAAGAAUAUUAUCAGGAAAGUAGUGAAAUUGAAUUAGGUGGACCACAAAAGGAUCCCAUACCAGCUAGAGUUACUUCAUCAACAGCAUUACGACCUCAAAAUUUCAUAAAUCAAUUAAAACAACAAAUACAACAUUUUUCAACUGGAUAUCAAAAAGGAAUUGUCACAUACUUUUUAUUAGUUAUGAUCCUUUCAACAACUGUAAUUUUUUUAAUUAAUUCGAUUCAUUUUAAUUGCAUUUUAAGAUAGUUUAAUUAACCUGGAGCCUUAAAAAGAAAAACUUUUUCUUCAUAAAACAAAAAAAAUAAAAACUAAAAUAAAAAAUAACGAAAAUAAUAAAAUUCUA